AUGACCAUUGCCAUGUACAUCACUGUGCUUGCCAUCUUUAUCGUUGUAUGCCAAAAUUCGUGGCCAACAGUAUUCUUGCUGAUUCCACUUAUUUGGCUUAAUAUCUGGUACCAGGGUUACUAUCUUGCAUCAUCUCGUGAAUUAACUCGACUGAAUUCAAUCACAAAAGCUCCUGUUAUCCAUCACUUCUCAGAGAGCAUAUCCGGAGUUAUGACCAUCCACUCUUGCAGAAUGCAGAACAUGUUCUCCAAGAAAAUGUUAAACGGGUUAACGCGAAUUUACAGCCUUGAACGCUGCCAACUUAAAGAUGAGGUAGCUGCAAAACCUGAUAAACUCAAUUCGUUAGUGGCUGAUGAUGGCGACAACUGGAGCAUGGGGCAAACACAGCUUCUCUGUUUGGGGCGAGUUAUGUUGAAGCACAACCGGCUCUUGUUCAUGGACGAGGUCACGGCUUCAAUUGAUUCACAGACAGAUGCUGUAACACAAAGGAUCAUCCGAGAGGAUUUUGUUGCAUUGAUUGGAUUGGUUCUAAGGGCCUCUCAUGGGGAGAUUUCUUGGCAGGUUUGUGUUGCCUCUGCUGCUGCUAACAGUGGAUGUGUUGCACUUGACCCGCUGGUCUAG